AUGACCGACACACUUUUGUCUCCGACUCUACGAUGUCCGCCCCCACGGCAGGCCCAUGGGACGGUUCUUAAUACUAUAAUCGAAGAUAUGCGCGAAUCUCACUGCGCUCAAAGUCCAAAAGUUUCAUCUCCGUUAAAGCGAGCGCCGGCAACCAUCAGCCCUCAGUUGAAACUUAUAACCACCGGGCUACCAGUAUCAUUACACUCCCGCCUGGAUCGUUUGAUGCCGCCGGUCUCAGCAGGUACUACAUCAUCAUCAUGUUCAGAUGAAGAAUGGCAAUCACAAAUUGAAGUAAACCAGGGAUACGAUGACUUGUAUAAUACUAUGGAUGACGAUGAUAGCAUUGACGACCAUGGAACUGAGAUCAGCGAUUCAUGCUUUUCCCCCGAUACGCGGCCAUCGAGCUUGGUUACACCGAUUACCAGAAACUCGGUGACCUCGACUGGGACCCCGACUGGGAGCAGAAAGCGUUACCUCACCCUUGAGAUUCCAUCGCCUACGGGUUGGCAGUCAAUGACAGGAGGCGCCAAGAGCUCCCCAAUCCCACCAACGCCUCCGCCUAAGAUUCCAAUGUCGCCAGCAGCGCUAUCGAUGCUCAGCCAUACUGUACCUGCAUCGUAUGCGCCGCCUUCACUCGAUGGUAGCAUUUCUUCAGAUCCAGAAAGUGGUUUGCGUACACCAGAUACUCAAUCCCUUCCUGACACGAAUUGGAAUUUGCAUGAUAUUCGUGUUCGACCAGACCUGGAUGGCAGUGAAAGUGAUCUCGAUCACGCGGAUGCUAGGUCGGAUAUUCAGACCGUGCCCAUCGCUAUCGAAACCUUGGAGCACGAUUGGCGCCAUGUGCUCGGAAGUUUCCCUCAGAUCCCUUCAGCUGCUCAGUCCUUCUCGCCCCCGCUCUCGCCAGCACCAUCGUCAUCGCUUCAUUUGAGUGACGAGCCGUUUCAAGAAUACGACGACUUAUAUGAUGCCCCCGAGCCUAUCGACGAAGGUGUUUGCUUACCUGACUCGGCUUUGGCAAUGUUGCACCACAUUCGCCUGGAUGGAACACCUGACUCGUGGUCUGAGGCGUCCGAGGGAAACGGCGAGAUGUCUCAACUCCUAGAACCUCCCACUCGGCCUAAAAGUGCCGAUGCGGUUACUCCCGCUUCUGCCCUGUCUGGAUACAGCUUCAGUGAACUGAGUAUCCCGUCUCCCGGUGGCUUCUUUUCCUCGCUUGCGCCCCGUGCUCGCCACACUUGGUCAAUCCCCAAAGAUAAUCGUCGACCAUCAUCUGUCGCUGCAGAGAACUUCUACCAUUUACCAUGGCACCGCGAUGAAGGAGAAAUAGUUGAGCAAGUUGUUGAAUGCCAUAUGCGCGCAGUUGAUGAAGACCCGGUCACAGCUGUCCGUGAUGAGAGAACCCCGCUUACUGCCAUUCGACUGGCAUGUGCUACACCAACUCAGCGGCCCAUCUACCAGGAUAGCCCGAUGAGCUCUGCCUUCGACACAGGUCAAGUCCAGGAGAUUCCUCGCUCUGGAAAAGGGUAUGAGUACGACGAGUGCUAUGACGAGGAACUUCAACAUCGUGCAGUUGCAAGCCACGACCGUACCAAGUUCUGGCUAGCUGCCCAAGCGUCUUACCUCUCCGCUCUCAAUGAGACCAACCCCAUGAACUAUAUCGAGAGUAUCGAACCACCAGAGCUUAGGGAUGCCGAAGUUGAACCCCAAGAUACCACAGAGGACCCUUCCAAAAAGGUCGUCCACUUCGCAGCAGAUAUCCCGGAAUCUCUGAGCCCUCUGCCUCCAAUUCCUGCCACCAAGGACUCAAUAUACUGGCAAGGCUUCCAGUCUAUUCGGAAGCGUUCAAACAAAAUGGAUGGCUUCAUGCACCGCAACAUGCGUUUUGAUGCCAUCCAGUCCACGCGUCUGGGUAUGAGUGACCUUCACAUCAACUGCCUGCUUGGUAAGUAUGAAGUUGUUCGGCCGGAGCGCCCUGCAUACAAGGGUCCUUUCGCCAAAGCUCCCCGCAACUCUGUUAUCACAUGGGAGUUGGCUGAGAAGGCCCAGUUUGCCAAGUUGGAAAAGGAACAACUGGUUCUUGCUCAACUUUGUCAACCCAUGUGGGCCAUGGAUGCUCUUCGUUCUCUUAAUGGCGGUGACUUGCUCACCAGUGCUGCCCAGAAGAUCCUUGCACGAACAAACUUGAAGCCCAGUAUGAACCAAAGCCCUCGCAGGCACAGCUUCCGGGUUUUGGACCUCGGCGGUCACUCCUCAUGUGACUGGGCCUGGCAAGCGGCAUAUGACUUUCCAAAAGCCAAGAUUUACACUGUUUCCAACGAUGAGACCGUGAACAGUGCCAUUAAGGGUCCGCCAAACCACCACCAGGUCACUGUGGCAAAUCUUUGGGAACUCCCCUUUGGCAACAACCAGUUUGAUGUCAUCUCUGCUCGCUCCUUACACGCUUUGUUGAAGACCGAAUGCCCAGCAGGCAAGGACCGUGACGAGUACGAUCUCGUGCUGGAGGAAUGCAUGCGAUGCCUCAAGCCAGGUGGCUAUCUUGAGUUCCAGGUCCUUGACGCUGAAAUCUCGCGCGCAGGACCAUACGCCGCUGCGACCUCUGCGGAGUUUGCCUUCGACCUGCGCACACGCGGCUACGACCCUAUUGCUUCCAAGAGCUUCCUGGCGCGUCUCCACAGCAGUGGCUUCAGUGAUACCAAGCGCAGCUGGAUGUUCCUUCCCAUGGGCACGGAGCCCGUGGAGACUGAACCGCUGCGUGAGGCUCCGGCUCCUCGCGUGCAGAGCCAAAUUGAAGAAUGUGAGGCGGUUCAGGGACCUGUCGGUAGCACAGCUGAUAUUGCUAGCAUGACUGGUUUGAUUGGUGGGUGGAUGUGGGAGCAGUGGUUGUUGAAGUUGCGGAUGGAGAUGGGCCGGGAGAGGCCGAUGUUGCUUGAAGGCGUUGGUGCGUUGUUUGACGAGGGAAGAAAGAGUGGUGCGGGCUGGACCUGCUUGUCUGGAUGGGCUAUGAAGCCGAAGCUUAAGCUUAAGAGUGUUCGUUCUUCGUCUAACACUGGGUCUAUUUAA